UAAAAGGAUUAUUACUGUGGUGUAUGCCGUGGAACCUUUCUGUCCUCUGUACCUUUAAGGGAACCACAUACUUUUUUUAUCCAGCAGAUUCUGUGUGAUAUGAACAACCAUCAGUUUAUGGGAACCCUUAUUCCCCACAGUGGAGCAGAUGAAGAGGCUGUAACGCAGGAACAAGCAGUGUUUUACACUUUUUGCAGUAUUAAAUUUGAUUGAGAGCAAAAAAGGUCACUUUUUUUUUUUGCUGUCGUUGGCUUUUAGGUUGGUUGUUCAGGUUAAACAUGGGCAUUUUUGUAUUCUAUGUGUUUUGGGGAGUUCUCCUAGUUUGCGCACCUUGCCAGUGUUUGGGCUGUCUUCUUGGCUGUGAGUGUUUUGCAAUCACCCACACGGUGAAAUGUAUCUCCAAGUCUCUGCUCAGAGUGCCACAAAACAUUCCAGGAUAUGCCAGGACUGUCUUCAUUACCGGGAAUAAUAUUCACCAGAUCGGAACGGAUUCGUUUACAGAGCUAGAGAAUGUCACUAACAUCAUUUUAAGCAAUAACAGGAUCACAGAGUUGGCAGCCCAUGCCUUCUCUGCCCUCACCAACCUGCGCUUCCUGGACCUCAGUGGGAACCAGCUGGCACUUAUCCAUCCAGAGGCUCUCAGCAUUCCUGGAAGUCCUCUUCAAGAGCUUAACGUGAGCCGUUCGCUGUACAACUUCACUGCCCUGACAGACCUCGCCACUGCUUUGCGAUGGGGUGGCCUCUGGGGGCUCCUCCGCCUUGACCUGUCUGGAAAUCGUCUCGCCCUGCUGCCUCCAGGGAUGUUCUCCCACGUUCCCAAUUUGCAACAGCUCCUUCUGUCUAACAACUCUUUGGUGGCUAUCUACAGCGGGACCUUCUCAGGCAUGGAUCACCUCGAGAUGCUGGACCUGACACACAACGCCUUUGGGACAUUCAGGUCUGAUGCUCUUCAAGAGCUGAAGAGGCUUGGGAAUAUAAGGAUCCUUCUCGGCAACAACCCAUACACCUGCUCUUGUGAGAUUUGCGAUUUUGUAACUUGGCUGAACGAAUCGAGAGUCCGAGUGGACGUGGAUGCCAUCAGAUGCGCGUCACCAGCACAAUUAACUGACUUCUAUCUGCAAGGACUCACUGUCCAUGCCAUUGGUUGUGUUGUUCCAGUCCUCUCUGAGGUGACUGACCUCACCCUGAACACGUCCUAUGCCUUCCUAGGGUUAGUGCUCGGCUUUGUGGGUAUGGUGUUCCUGUUUGUGCUCUACCUGAAUCGCAAUGGCAUGAAGAAAUGGAUCAUAGAGACAAGAGAUGCGUGUCGGGACAUUCUGGAAGGGUACCACUACCGGUACGAGAUCGACUCGGACCCUCGGCUGGGGCGAAUUGCAACAGAUAACAGGUCGCAAAGGCGGAGAGGACUAGAUCUGUCACAGCAUCUGCCAACCGACACAUGUAUUGUUCAGGAACUCACAGAAACACAAACAAAAAAGGUGACGACACCCCCCCACACGUUAACUCCUGACUGUUAA